CAAGAUCAACUUUUUUCAAAGAAGAGAAAUUCGUUAGAAGUAGUCAAAAAUUUCAGGUCAGUUUGGAAGAUAGGAGCAUGAGUUCUCCAGGCCUGAGGUCACACAUUGGUUCUCCAUCCAGCUUUGAGGCAGCCUAUGUGAGACAAUUGGAACAGCAUUACGACAUUGAUGUAGACAUAUCAGACAGCAGCUCACACAAAAGGACUGCAUUUAAUACUGCAAUGGGGCUAACAAAUUCCUCGCCAUCUAAAAGACAAGCCACCAAUGGAAACAUUCCAAAAUCUCCCAAUAAAGAGACCUCACUGAAAUUGGAGAAAAUCAUAGAAAUGAAAAGGAACUCAGAUCCUAACCCGCUACAUUCGAGUGACUUACGAAACAUCAUAAAUAUGAGGAAAAGAAAAGUGGCUGAGGCUGAAGAUGCCUCCAAAGCGAAACCAAAGAAACGCAAAAUAAACAAUGUAAGUAGGCUUCAUGUAGGUGUUGAAGAAAAUGACUAUUUACCUGUUGGUAAGGCUUUUUCUGAAGCUUCGAUAAAUGGGGUUAUACAGCCUAGGAAAAUGGAGGAGAAGCAGCCAUUUUCUGUUGCAUUUGGCUCCCAGCCGAGCAAUGUUUCCAAGCAAAGUGCAAGAGAUUUCACAGAGAUUAAGGAUUUGAAUACUAUGUAUUCUUUUGCGGAUGAAGAAAUCUCGUUUAAAACGCCAUGUACCUAUGAGGGAAAAGCCCACUCCAGUCCUGUGAAAAGUAGUGUGUUAGAUCCUAGUCUGCUUGAUCAGAAUUUAAACAAAAUUUCAAGUUGUAUUAAGAGUGAAAACUUACAACAGUUGUAUGGCAAGAAGCUUAAACACACAAGUCCAGACUCUAGUCCUUUCAAAGGCAAAUUGAGUGCUUUUGAAAUCUCGUUAUUGAAAGGCCGGCAAAAUGUAGAAAGGCGCAAAAGCAUGGAAUCGGCAAAUAUAAGAUCCUCGCCUAGAGCUGUAAGAUUGGGUGGACAUAGGCCAAAUUACAAUGAAACAAAAACCUACAAACGGAAGUUAUCUUUAACAAAUGAAGUAGAUAGUGAAUCUCUGGCGCAAUUUGGGAAAUUUAGUCCUCAUCGUCGUAAGAGUGGAAAAGGAAAAGUCCUUCAAGAAAAAAAUGAAAAGAAAACAAAACACAGAAGAACAAUUUCUGGUGACAAGGUGAAAUGGCACAACACUGAAUCAAAAGUUAAAGAGAAGAUUGAGAGGAGAGGUAGACCAAGAAAAACCUCAUUAGAUUCUUUAGUUACAGACAGGAACAUUUCUACACAUUCUGGUAAAGGCAGAGGAAGCAUUUCAAGAGUAAAAGAAGAUAAACAGACUGGUAACAAAGUUACGUACAGAAUGAAUGGUUUUAGGAAGCGGCAGAGCCUGCCAGAAGUUUUGACCUUGAAAAGCUUGAUGUCUAACUCAGGGACACAAGACAAUAAUCAGGGAAAACCAUCACGCUCAUACAGAAAACUCCAUGCUGAAUCUAUCUCAGGUACUCCACCCCCCAUACAAAGCCACUCCGUAGAUGAGCCCAUCCCAUCUUCAUCAUCGUCGACCCAGGCAUCAGCCAGCUCAAAACGACCACUCUCACUGCCAAUCCAAGGCCUUAAACAAAGUCCAGGUAAAUCCACCAGUAAAAUUAGCAUUAAUGAUGAUGGCCUCGGGGAGUCGUCGUCAUGCGAGAAAACCUUGCGAAGAAGGAAAAAGGAUAGAAAUUACUCUGAAUCUGCUGAUACUAAUGAUAAACAUUUGCAUUCAAUGGUUGAAGAAACUGAAGAGAAUAAUCAAAAAGUAGGUGGUGAAAGUUCUUCAGAAAGAGGUUUGGGUGCAGCAAAGGCGUCUUUAGGUCAUAAGAAGUGCAAGAAGCUGUCUUUGGAGGAGACGGUGAACAUGUUGCGAAAGUCGUCCGCCAACAAAUACAAGGAUCUAGUCCAAAACAAGAACAACCUCUCCCCAAGCAGGUCUGAGAGAUCUUCACGCCUGUCAUCUCGUUCAUCUACUCCUAGCUUUACGCCAGUUAAGAGCGUGAAUGUCCUCACACCUAGCAGCGAGCCAUCCACUCCGGAAAAAUCCCUGUCAGGGGAGUUAGUCCCAUACAAAAAAAAGAAGGGCAAGCCGUAUUUGUUUGCGAAAGGUGACGAUGUGUCAGCUCGCUGGCAUGAUGGCCGGUUCUACCUUGGCAAGAUACUCAAAAUUGAUGAUUCUAACCAGAGGUGCCUGUUGAGGUACGAUGACGACUCAGAGUACUGGUCACUCUUCAAGGACAUACACAGAGUAUUGGAGGAUGAUGAGAUGAUAUGCUGUGUAUGUCUGGGAGAGACGUCAGAAAAACCCAAUGAGAUUGUUCUUUGUGAAUACUGUCUGCAAGGUUACCACCAGCAGUGUCACAGGCCCGAGAUUGAGGAUGACACGAUUGCUGACCCCAACGACCCCUGGUUGUGUAGGAACUGUGUAUUCCUGAGUACGGUCAGGCUGGGUGGGGCGAUAAAGACUGGCAAACUAGCCCUAGAGCUAAAGAAGAUGAAGCAGGUAUUGCCGUAUGAUCUGAACAGCCUGACGUGGGACGCACAGCACAAAAACAACAUUGAUCAGAGCUACUGUUACUGUGGUGCACCUGGAGUUUGGUACCAGAAGAUGUUGCAGUGCUGUAGAUGUAAGCAGUGGUUCCAUGAAGCGUGUAUGCAGUGUCUGGACUACCCACUGAUGUUCUCGGACACGUUCUACAUCUUUGUGUGUGCUCCCUGUAACUAUGGCAACGAGUACAUCAAGAGGUUGGAUGUAGAGUGGUUGGAUAUACUGCACAUUUGCCUGUUCAACCUGGCGGUGGUGAAUCGACGCAAGUACCACAAUUUGGAAACUGAGGUUAUAGGCUGGCUUGACGAUAACUGGGACGCUCUUCAGAUAUCUAAGUACAAUGACCUAUCAGACCGGGAGAGACAGAAGAUCAUAGAGGAGACUCUGGAGGCUCAUAAAGACAGGUUCAAAAAUGCCUCUGAGUUUCGCCAGAGCCAAACACUGUGGGGUUUGCGUGUGAAGGUACCACCCCCUCGUAUCCAUGUGACUUUGCCUAGCAACCAAGAAGUAACGGACCAAAUGGUUGCUAAGCACAAGAUCAAAGGUCGAAGGUCGAAAGUCUUGUAUGUUGAGAAUGUGUCUCCAGUGAACAAGCUGACAGAUAGUCCAAUACAUAGGGACAUAGCAGCAAAGAAAAAGAUAAAGCUAGAGCAGGAUCACCAGUCGCCGUCCAAAUCACGGAAACUUAAGAAGUCAGUGCCUUUCCUUGACCGAUUCAUUCCUCACGAUGAUCUCGGUACUCUCAGCUGGGAGAAUCAUCCAUUCCUUCAUCCGGUAGAAAGCAAUGUCCUCAAGGCUGAGAACGAAGUAAAGAGAAAGAUAUGGGCGAUAUAUCGGAAGAUGGCGGAAGUUAAGGUCGAAAAUGAGGAUGUCGAGAGUAAUUGUACGGAAGAUGGUCCGCCAGUUUUGGAGAGAGUGGAGCCACUUGUUCUGAAUAGCAAUUGUAGCACCACUCCUCCGAUGCCCGAAAUUAAGGACAAGAAGCCUGGUCGGUUGUCCCUACAGCCACCUGAUGCUUUGGAGAAGUUUGACGCAAAGAAUUUGAAAAAAGAUGUUAAAAUAAAUGUACGGCAUAGUAGGAAGGUAAAGUCGCGAGUCAGUGCGCCGCCUGUCCUUAACGUGAAAGAUGAGGAGAAUGAAAUCUAUGUGAAAUGCAUGAGAGAGUAUAAGAAUUAUUUUUGUGCAUUUGAUAAAAAUGGAUAUUUGAAUGGGUUUUAUUUGACUGGAAAGCAAAUUAUCUCAGAGGGGAAUAUUCAUUAUCUCGUAAAAUGGGACCAUUAAGUGUAAUCUGUGUAUACAUGGAACAUAUUGAGUGAUUGGGCUGCAUUAGGCCAGAGAAGAAUGAAUUUAGAUGCUGUUGUCCGAAAACACCACCCUCAUUUUAUUUAUUUACAAAUAAUUUUUUCUGUUAAGAAUUGGUUUAAAAUUUGGGAACUGGACUGCUUGCUGUGAUCAUUGGUUCAGAAAAUAGAUAAAACAAGAAAAUAAGCCAUCCUCCCAAGAUUGUGAUACGGUCCAUUCUGUCUAAACAUGCAACCCACUUCAGGAAGGCAAAGUAAAGAUAUUCUUUAGGGAAGGUUCCUUUUCUCAUUUCUUUCUUCUAAUAAAGGUUGAUAGGCCAGUUUGAAAGCGCCCUCCUGGUGUGGGUUGCAGGUUUAAAAUGGAAAAUCCUUUAAGCUGCACUCUCACUUAAUUACUGAUUUUACAACUUAAUUAUUUUUUGUCUUGGAAUGAGCCAAUUUUUGUGUAUAUAUCUGAAGACCAGUGAUAUAAGACUGCUGAUAAAGAUUAGCUCACAGUUUUUCAUAUUUCUAUUCGCAAAUUAAUGUUUUAUGGCUAAAAGCAUUACAAACUCUUAAAGAAAGAUGCAUAAAUCUUCAAUUUUUGAACCUAAAUAUGAAAACUUGCGAUCUGAUUUUUUUCAGCAGUCUUACAUGACUGGUUACCAUAAUUUUUUCGCCAAAAAUGGCUUGUUCAAAAAACAAGAUAAAAAAAAGUUUUUAAAACAGUCAUUUUGUGAGAGUGCAGCUUUAACAAAAAGAUAUUUUUCUCUAGCCUUGAAAUCAGUGAAUGCAUUACAAGAUACAUGAAUCUUUAUUUAGGCCGGGUAUAUGAUAACAAGAAACAUUAGCUCAAUGAGCUAUUUUCUGACAUGAAUAACAAACAUACAUAUCAUAUCAAAACAUGAGCUGGUGACCAAGAAAUAAAAGCAUAUAGUUUUAAAUAGGUACAAUAUUGGAACAAUUAUUGACAACAGAUGUUUGUUAUUAUAUUCAUGAAUACAAUUACAAAAAGUAAUAUGGUAAAGAGCUCUGUGUACAAGGAUAGCAUCAACUAGUUUUCCCUGCUGUACGGCCACUGAGCCCACAUGUUAGUUCCUCUAGUUGACAUACCACUGUUUAAUGGUUAGUUCUUUCAAGAGUAUAAAUUAAGGUUAAUUGUAUGCAUUUGUAACAGAAAAUUCUAAGUAGCAUCAUGUCCAUGAGAAUUACAGCAUGGUACAGUGAUAUGUAGUUUGGUAAAAAUGUUAGAAUUAAUGUAGCUUGCUAGAAAA